UGCAGAGGGACGAGCCGGGGCGGAGGCGCCAGGAGCAGCAGCCGGGAGCCUCACGCGGACCAGCGCUCUAUGGCCAUAGGGAGCCGCUGAGAGGAGAACACGUGCCCGCACCCCGCUGCACCGCACCCCGCGCCUCUCGGCUCCCCCGGCCCGCGCGCGCCCCUCCGGACCCCACUGCCACCAUGAACCACUCGCCACUCAAGACCGCGCUGGCGUACGAAUGCUUCCAGGACCAGGACAACUCCACGCUGGCUUUGCCCUCCGACCAAAAGAUGAAGACCGGCACGUCGGGCAGGCAGCGUGUGCAGGAGCAGGUGAUGAUGACCGUCAAACGGCAGAAGUCCAAGUCUUCGCAAUCGUCCACUCUGAGCCACUCCAACCGAGGUUCCAUGUAUGACGGGCUGGCCGACAAUUACAACAACUAUGGGACCACGAGCAGAAGCAGCUACUUCUCCAAGUUCCAGGCGGGGAAUGGCUCCUGGGGCUAUCCGAUCUACAAUGGGACCCUCAAGCGGGAGCCUGACAACAGACGCUUCAGUUCCUACAGCCAGAUGGAGAACUGGAGCCGGCACUAUCCCCGAGGCAGCUGUGCCACCACUGGCGCUGGCAGCGACAUCUGCUUCAUGCAGAAAAUCAAGGCGAGCCGCAGUGAGCCUGACCUCUACUGUGACCCGAGGGGCACGCUGCGCAAGGGCACGCUGAGCAGCAGCAAGGGCCACAAGACCACCCAGAACCGCUACAGCUUUUACAGCACUUGCAGUGGUCAGAAGGCCGUCAAGAAGUGCCCCGUGCGACCGCCCUCCUGCAUCUCCAAGCAGGACCCGGUGUAUGUGCCCCCUAUCUCCUGCAACAAGGACCUGUCCUUUGGCCAUUCAAGGGCCAGUUCCAAGAUCUGCAGUGAGGACAUUGAGUGCAGUGGGCUGACCAUCCCCAAGGCUGUGCAGUACCUAAGCUCCCAGGAUGAGAAGUACCAGGCCAUUGGGGCCUAUUACAUCCAGCAUACCUGCUUCCAGGAUGAAUCUGCCAAGCAACAGGUCUAUCAGCUGGGGGGCAUCUGCAAGCUGGUGGACCUCCUCCGCAGCCCCAAUCAGAAUGUCCAGCAGGCUGCUGCUGGCGCCCUGCGCAACCUGGUGUUCAGGAGCACCACCAAUAAGCUGGAGACCAGGAGGCAGAAUGGGAUCCGUGAGGCUGUCAGCCUCCUGCGGAGAAGCGGGAGCACGGAGAUCCAGAAACAGUUGACUGGGCUGCUCUGGAACCUGUCUUCCACUGACGAGCUGAAGGAGGAGCUGGUGGCUGAUGCUCUACCUGUUCUGACUGACCGGGUCAUCAUUCCUUUCUCUGGCUGGUGUGACGGCAACAGCAACAUGUCCCGGGAGAUGGUGGACCCUGAGGUCUUCUUCAACGCCACAGGCUGCUUGAGGAACCUGAGCUCAGCUGAUGCUGGCCGCCAGACUAUGCGGAACUACUCAGGGCUCAUUGACUCCCUCAUGGCCUAUGUCCAGAACUGUGUGGCUGCCAGCCGCUGUGAUGACAAGUCCGUGGAGAACUGCAUGUGUAUCCUGCAUAAUCUCUCCUACCGUCUGGAUGCCGAGGUGCCCACCCGCUACCGCCAGCUGGAGUACAAUGCCCGCAACACCUACACUGAGAAGUCCUCUACAGGCUGCUUCAGCAACAGGAGCGACAAGAUGAUGAACAAUAACUAUGACUGCCCCCUUCCUGAGGAGGAGACCAACCCCAAGGGCAGCAGCUGGCUGUACCACUCUGAUGCCAUCCGCACCUACCUGAACCUCAUGGGCAAGAGCAAGAAAGAUGCCACCCUAGAGGCCUGUGCCGGGGCCCUGCAGAACCUGACAGCCAGCAAGGGGCUGAUGUCCACUGGCAUGAGCCAGUUGAUCGGGAUCAAGGAAAAGGGCUUGCCACAAAUCGCCCGCCUCCUGCAAUCCGGCAAUUCAGAUGUGGUGCGGUCCGGGGCCUCUCUGCUGAGCAACAUGUCCCGCCACCCUGUACUACACAGAAUUAUGGGAAACCAGGUGUUCCCAGAGGUAACCAGACUCCUCACCAGCCACACCGGCAACACCAGCAACUCUGAAGAUAUCUUGUCCUCAGCCUGCUACACUGUGAGGAACCUGAUGACCUCUCAGCCUCAGAUGGCCAAGCAGUACUUCUCCAACAGCAUGCUCAACAACGUCUUCAACCUGUGCCGCAACAGUGCCUCCUCACCUAAGGCUGCAGAGGCUGCCCGACUGCUCCUGUCUGACAUGUGGGCCAGCAGGGAGCUGCAAGGCAUCCUCAGGCAGCAAGGUUUCGAUAGGAACAUGCUGGGAACCAUAGCUGGGGCCAACAGCCUCAGAAACUUCACCUCCCGGUUCUAAGAAGAGACUGUCCAAGCAAGUUCAGCUUGCAGAAAGACAUGACCCAGCUCAGAAGACCUCAGGCCUUGAGGAUGGGUUACCUGCUUCAUUUGUGCAGUAUUUGGAGAUGUUCAGA